GAGCAAAAAAGAAUCUUUUUGCAACGAUUCGUAGAAAUCCAACGGCACGGUGAACGCCAGGUAGGCACAAACCACAGUCUCCUCAAAAACCCAAACUUUUUAAACCCUCGAAAAACCCUAAUUCCUUGUUUAUCUUGCAAAGUAAAAUACCAGAGCCAAAAACCCAAAACCUCCUUCGAUACCAAUAUUGGAAUUUUCUUGUUUGUACUGUAAAUAUAGAUACACGAUUAUAGGUCCUUAAUUCAAGAGCAAUUAGAAAAUGGAGGUGGAAACGGUGAAUAACGUGAUGUGCCAAUUCACAGACAGGGAAGGAACGGCUCUGGGAGCUCCCUUAUAUCUUCCACAGAAUGCUGGUCCACAGCAGCUUCAACAAAUCGUUAACAAGCUUCUCAACAAUGAAGAGAAGUUGCCAUAUUCUUUCUACAUAUCAGACCAGGAGCUUCUUGUUCCACUUGAAACUUACUUACAAAAAAAUAAAGUUUCCGUGGAGAAGGUACUUUCCAUUGUUUAUCAACCACAAGCUGUUUUCCGAAUCCGUCCAGUUAAUCGUUGUUCAGCAACUAUUGCUGGUCACACGGAAGCUGUACUUUCAGUUGCUUUUAGUCCUGAUGGGCGGCAUUUGGCAAGUGGCUCUGGAGAUACCACUGUCCGUCUAUGGGAUCUUAAUACCCAAACACCAAUGUUUACAUGUACAGGACACAAGAAUUGGGUUCUUUGUAUUGCAUGGUCACCAGAUGGUAAACAUCUCGUGAGUGGGAGCAAGGCUGGAGAGCUUCAGUGUUGGGAUCCUCAUUCAGGAAAGCCAUCAGGCAAUCCGCUUGUGGGCCACAAAAAAUGGAUCACCGGCAUCUCUUGGGAGCCGGUCCACUUGAAUGCACCAUGUCGUCGUUUUGUUAGUGCUAGCAAAGAUGGUGAUGCACGCAUAUGGGAUGUCUCAUUAAGGAAAUGUGUUAUCUGUCUCACUGGUCAUACACUUGCAAUAACUUGCGUGAAAUGGGGUGGAGAUGGAGUAAUUUAUACUGGCUCCCAAGAUUGUACCAUAAAAGUCUGGGAGACUUCACAGGGGAAGUUAAUUCGGGAAUUGAAGGGUCAUGGGCAUUGGGUAAACUCCCUGGCUUUGAGCACUGAAUAUGUUCUUCGCACUGGAGCUUUUGAUCAUACUGGCAAAACAUAUUCUUCACCAGAAGAAAUGAAAAAGGUUGCUCUGGAAAGAUACAACAAAAUGAAAGGCAAUGGCCCUGAGAGAUUAGUUUCAGGUUCUGAUGAUUUUACUAUGUUUCUCUGGGAACCUGCUGUUAGCAAACACCCUAAAACUCGUUUGACAGGUCAUCAACAGCUUGUAAAUCAUGUUUACUUCUCACCUGAUGGGCAAUGGGUGGCUAGUGCCUCAUUUGAUAGGUCAGUCAAGCUGUGGAAUGGUGUAACUGGAAAAUUCGUUGCUGCUUUUCGCGGUCAUGUUGGGCCGGUUUAUCAAAUCAGUUGGUCAGCUGACAGUAGGCUUCUUUUAAGUGGAAGCAAAGACUCCACGCUGAAGGUUUGGGAUAUUAGGACACUGAAGUUGAAACAAGACCUCCCAGGCCAUGCUGAUGAGGUAUAUGCUGUUGAUUGGAGUCCCGACGGCGAGAAGGUAGCCUCUGGAGGCAAGGAUAGGAUGUUGAAAUUAUGGUUGGGAUAGACCUUGCAGAGGAGUUCAUGGUAGAAAUGUCUGAACUGCAUAAUCGUCGGCAGUUUCCAUAGACAGAAAGAUGUAUUGAUAUCUCGACAUACUUAGAGAAAACUGAAAGAAAUGGCCAUAUGAAUGUUCAGUGGAAGAAGCAACCCUGUUUUCACAUGAGAACUGCAAUUUUGUAACAUUUGUUUCUGGUGUUCACGAGAAUUUUUUCAAUACAAUGUUAUAGCCAUUGACUAUAGUGGAUUCUAUAUAGGUUCUACUAUAAUCAAUGGUCAACAUCUAACUGUUGUAAACUGGAUAUACUGAGUAUUGAGUGGAGGAAGAAUGAAAUGGUUAGUUAUUCUUUGCAAGAUCAA